AUGGAGAGGCCUGCGCAGGCGCCCACGCAGCUGCCGCCGGGGUUCCGGUUUCACCCCACCGACGAGGAGCUGGUAGUGCUGUACCUCCGCCGGCAGGCCCUGGCUCGCCCGCUGCCGGCCGCCGUCAUCCCCGUCGUCCACGACGUCGCCAGGCUCGAUCCAUGGGACCUCCCUGGGGCAAGCGCAGGGGAGGGCUACUUCUUUAGCCUGCGGCGAGCGCCGGCGACCGGCCGUGGCAGCCGCAGGAGGAGAGCUGGGAGCGGGUACUGGAAGGCCACGGGGAAGGAGAAGCCUGUGUUCCUGCAGUGCGGCGGCGGCGGCGUAGGCGGCAAGAGGCAGCUGCUCGUGGGCGUCAAGACGGCGCUCGCCUUCCACCGCAGUGAGCCGCCGGCGCCGUCGUCGCGAACCGGCUGGAUCAUGCACGAGUACCGGCUCGCCGUGCCCCGUGGCGUGGCCGAGCAGAGGAAGAAGAAUGUGAGCCAGGGUUGCGUUGCUGAGCCGGGACCGGGAGAGUGGGUCGUGUGCCGGGUCUUCCUGAAGAACAACAGGCCAGGAAGCAGCAGGCCGAACCGGGACGCCAACAGCAAAACUCUGGGACACCGCGCCUCCGCUGCGCAUGUGGGAGGACAGCAGCCGUUGCUGUUCUCGGCGCCGCAGUCGUCGUCCUCAAGCUGUGUCACCGGCGUUACCGAUUUGUCAGACGAAGACGACCAAGUCAGCAGCGGCGGCAUAACCAGAGAUGCCCCAGCUGCCCCUCAAAGAGAGGCCUACUAG